GGCGGUCCUCCACAAAACCAAUGAAGCUGUGCCAGAGGAGGGGUUAACUUUCCCGUCAUUAUAAAUAGGUCGAAGUCUUCUUUGACUUUCGCUCUUCUCCCCAAAACAGAAGCAGGAUCUGUGGUAGCGCAGAGUGGUUUCCUUUUAAAUCCGUAGCAAAAACCAUAUAACGCCAAAAUGAGCAGGAAGUUCUUCGUCGGUGGAAACUGGAAGAUGAACGGCGACAAGAAGAGCCUCGGGGAGCUCAUUCAGACCAUGAACGCCGCCAAGGUGGACCCCAAUGUCGAGGUUGUGUGCGGUGCCCCGUCUAUCUACUUAGACUUUGCAAGAUCCAAACUGGACUCCAAGUUUGGCGUGGCUGCACAGAACUGCUACAAAGUCCCCAAGGGGGCCUUCACUGGGGAGAUCAGCCCUGCGAUGAUCAAGGACUGUGGCGUCCACUGGGUGAUCCUGGGACACUCUGAGAGGCGUCACGUCUUCGGGGAGAGCGAUGAGCUCAUCGGUCAGAAGACGGCCCACGCUCUGGAGAGCGGCCUCGGCGUGAUUGCCUGCAUUGGCGAGAAGUUGGACGAGAGGGAGGGCGGCAUCACCGAGAAGGUUGUUUUUGCGCAGACCAAGGUCAUCGCAGAUAACGUAAAGGACUGGAGCAAGGUGGUGCUUGCCUACGAGCCCGUGUGGGCCAUCGGCACAGGCAAGACCGCCUCCCCCCAGCAGGCUCAGGAGGUCCAUGAGAAGCUGAGGGCGUGGCUGAAGGCCAACGUGUCUGAAGCUGUCGCCAACUCUGUGAGGAUCAUCUACGGAGGUUCUGUGACCGGCGGCACCUGCAAGGAACUUGGCUCCCAGAAGGACGUGGAUGGUUUCCUUGUGGGCGGAGCCUCCCUCAAGCCGGAGUUUGUUGACAUUAUUAAUGCCAAGAUGUAAAAGCCCCUGUCGGAUAAUCCCCCAACUUUCAACACUUAGUCCUCGUCCUUUUUUUUUUUUUUUUAUUCAAAGUGUGUCAUUCCCUCAUUUCAUUUAUUUGUGAGGAAAAGGAGCAGCUUGGCACGUGCACUGAGGUCGUCUGUGUGCGCUAAAACAGCGACCAUUAUGCCUUUUUACUCAAAACAGGAGGCUGCGUGCCAUCACCGCUCUGUGUCUGUCACAUUUGCCUUUAUUAUGAAUAGCCGUGUCUCCUGUGUGCACCUUUGGUGCUCUGUGACUUGUACCUACCCUGUAGCUGUGCUCUCAUUGGCUUCUUUGCCAAGAGGGGGCAUGUCCAUUACGUGCCCAUUCAUGUUGUGUCAUGGCCGAUGAGUAUUUGAGGGUAAGGAACCUGUAAGAAAACAUAAUAAACCAUUCAGAGACUGUA